AUGAUGGCAUCAGCUACUAUGGCCCGUCCGUCCUUGACAUCCAACGAUACGGCGGUUCUGCAAGCGUUAUUCGAUGCCGAGUCUUCACCCUCAUCUGGAGUUACAAUCGAUCCACGUCUCCCUUCCUGGCCGGCCACUGUCCUUAUCUCACACGACGAUCUUGGGACGCUGAAGACUCUCGAGGUGGAGAUAGUACGGGAGCUACAACCAGAUAAGAACCCGAGCGUUGAAAGUGUACAAGACGCAGUACAUAAACUUGAUUCAAUUGUGCAACGCUACCCCUCCUAUCCAUCUGCGUACACCAAUCGUGCCCAAACGUUACGCAUGCUGGUUGACCUUCAGUCCAACGAAAUCAGCAACACCAAUGCCAACGAGGGCUCAUUAGAUACUUUGUUCACACCCGAAGCUACAGAUCUGGUAACUCGGAUCUUUAAUGAUUUGAGUCAGGCAAUCGAUCUUGUCAAACCUAUCUCCCCAGUCAAUCCAGUGUCCCCAGUGCAGGCUCGACUCCUCGCAGACGCCUAUACACAUCGAGGAUAUAUUGUUUUGAAAGCAGCCCGGAUCAAGAAGAACCACAAUAAUGGAGACUCGGAGAUCGACAACUUGAAUGUGGGUCCACAGCGGCUGUGGGGAUUUGAAGCCGAUCAACUGGAGGAAAUGGCCAGUCGGGACUUUUUCCUUGGGGGACAAUACGGAAAUAAGGUUGCACAACAACUUGCAGUGCAAACAAAUCCAUAUGCUAAGAUGUGUGGAGCGAUUGUGAAAGAAGCAUUGAGGAAGGAGAUGACUGGAUCAUGA